CAUCAGCCCGGGUCACAGUAAUAACAACACCACCAGCCCCUCCACCAGCAAUAGAGCGACAUGGCCGACGAGGAGGGUUGCAUGUAUGCGGUGCAGCUGGCGCUGUCGUCGGUGCUGCCGAUGACGCUCAAGGCCGCAAUCGAGCUCGGCCUGCUAGAAAUCCUCGUGGGCGCCGACGGGGAAUCACUGAGUCCGGAGGAGGUUGCUGCGGAGCUGCCGGUCAAUGCCAACCCUGACGCGGCAUCCAUGGUGGACCGCAUGCUGCGGGUGCUGGCUUCGCACAAGAUCGUGUCGUGCAUGGUGAAGGAGGGCAAAGACGGCAGCAUAUCUCGCCGCUACAGCCCGGCGCCGGUGUGCAAGUGGCUCAGCCCCAACGAGGAUGGCGUCUCCAUGGCCCCGUACGUCGUCCUCGCCCAAGACAAGGUCUUCAUGGCGCCCUGGUGCUACAUGAAGGACGUGGUCCUGGAGGGUGGCAGCCCGUUCGACAAGGCGUACGGCAUGUCGUGGUACGACUACGCCGGCACCGACACGCGCUUCAACAGCCUCUUCAACGAGGCGAUGAGACACCACUCAAUCAUCAUCACCAAGAAGCUCCUUGAAUUAUACACGGGCUUCGAGGGUGUCGGCACCCUCGUUGACGUGGGCGGCGGCAUCGGCACCACCGUCCAUGCCAUCGUCUCCAAGUACCCAAGCAUCAAAGGGAUCAACUUUGACCUCCCCCACGUCAUCUCAGAGGCGCCACCCUACCCCGGCCUGCAGGUGGAGCACGUCGGCGGCGACAUGUUCGACAAGGUGCCCUCCGGCGACGCCAUCCUCAUGAAGUGGAUCCUACUCCACUUUAGGGACGAGACGUGCGUGGCGCUGCUCAAGAACUGCUACCACGCUCUGCCCGUGAACGGCAAGGUGAUUAACAUGGAGUGCAUACUGCCUGCCGAACUGGACGCCACACACCGCGUGCAGGGGUGCGUGAGCGCAGACAUGAGCAUGCUCGCGUACAGCCCCGACGGCAAGGAGAGGUACCUCACCGACUUCGAGAGGCUUGCCAAGGAAGCCGGGUUCGCCAGCGUCAAGGCUACCUACAUCUACACCAACUUCUGGGCCAUUGAGUACAUCAAGUAGCCAGAUGGAUCUGUUCUACAUUUACAUCUACAGUUGCUGUUUCAUAUGUUUGAUGAUUCCUUUAACUUCAUAUAUUUCCAUUAUGUAUAAGCUGUGCAUGGCCCUAUAUGUGCGACAGUUGAUUUCUUUUGUAUUUACUGUGUAAUAUGUCCCUCUGUCUUAUAUUAUAAGAUGAUUUUGCAAACUA